GAGAUAAUAACCUGUGCCUCGUUCAGUUGCCGAACGUUUUUGACCAUGGCAUAUAGCAAUACUACGGAUAUAGCCUACAUGAUCCGUUGAUGUUUUCUACAUAUAACAAUAUUCCUACAAAAUAAUAAUAAAAAAUAUUCUAACGAGCACUUUCUGCACGUUCCAAAACAUUGCGUCAUUCUGAACGCGCCCCUCUCACCUCAAGCAGGGCUCAGAAGUGAGAGCCGACAGGGAAAGAUUUUGCUCCAGCGUUUGUGAAUGUCGACAUCAUGAUGAUGGUGGAAGUUGACUCAAUGAUAGUCUGACCGACUUGCAAUAAUGCACUCCACUAACAUUUUGACUAGAUCGGCUAUGCAGUUGAUGUCACGCUUUAAUUUUUGGAGUCAAGCAGGUCGAGUGUGGUGUCCAUACCGGAACAUCUCUGUGAAACCAAGGAAGAUUCCACCCAGAUACCUCGGCCAGCUAAGCCCCUUCACUCAUCCACAUCUCUUAAAAAAUGGUGAGGUGACCCCUGGCUUAACCCAGACAGAGUUUGAGCUGCGUCGGCAACGACUGGCCUCUCUCAUUGAGGGCCAGGCAGAUCGACUGGGACCCACUGCUUCUUCGAACAGACACCUUGUUAUUGUCCUCUCCCACCCAACUCGCUACAUGACCAAUGACAUCCCCUACCCCUUCCACCAGAACCAGGACUUCCUCUAUCUCACAGGCGUCCUUGAGCCAGACAGCGCCCUGGUUCUGCAUGGUACUGGCCGUCCGGACCAGGCCAUCAUCUUUGUGCCCCGCCGGGACCCUUCCAGGGAGCUGUGGGACGGGCCCAGGUCAGGGAAGGAUGGGGUGGCAGCAUUGACAGGGGUGGAGAGGGUCCACUGUAUAGAAGAGUUGGGCCUUGUACUCAGAAGCCUUAAAGGUAGCACUGUUUGGUAUGACGGAUCAACGCCCUGCCACCCAGGGCUUCACCAGACCCAUGUUCAACCCCUGCUGGCAGGGGGGCCGAUGGUGCGCUCCCUCAGACCACUUAUACACACCCUCCGGGCUGUCAAGAGCCCAGCCGAGGUUGUCCUCAUGAAGGAGGCAGGCCGCAUCACAUCACAGGCAUUCAAAAAGACAAUGGGUAUGUCUCAAGUGGACAUUGAUGAAUCUCUAUUGUAUGCGAAGUUUGAUUUUGAGUGCCGUGCCCACGGCGCCAACUUCCUGGCCUACCCGCCUGUGGUUGCUGGUGGAAACCGAGCCAAUACACUUCAUUACAUAAACAACAACCAGAUUGUUAAGGAUGGGGAGAUGGUGCUCCUUGAUGGAGGGUGUGAAUAUUUCGGUUAUGUCAGUGAUAUUACUCGUACCUGGCCAGUGAAUGGAAAGUUCAGCCCUGCCCAGGCCGAAUUGUAUGAGGCAGUGUUGGAGGUGCAGAACGCCUGUCUGUCUCUGUGUUCCCCAGGAGUCAGUCUGGACCACAUCUAUAGCACCAUGUUGUCCCUGCUGGGUCGCCAGCUCAAACAGCUGGGUAUUGUGAAGGGCUCUGCCAGUGAUGCUGAUGCACUUAAGGCGGCGCGGCGCUACUGCCCCCACCAUGUUGGCCACUACCUGGGCAUGGAUGUCCACGAUACCCCUGAACUUUCCCGCUCUCAACCCCUUCAGACUGGAAUGGCAAUCACCAUAGAACCAGGGUUGUACAUAUGUGAGGAUGAUGACCAGGCUCCAGUGCAUUUUCGUGGUCUGGGGGUGAGAAUAGAGGACGAUGUUGUAAUUGAAGACGACAGAAACCCCCUAAUCCUGUCCUCUGACACACCCAAAACAAUUGCUGAUGUUGAAAGAGCGUGUGCAGGGAGUAACAGCUAAGGGGGACUAGAAUUGGGGGAGAGUACAGUGAGGUGGGAGUUUGUAUGAUAUUAAUAAAUAAACAUAACUGUAAAAUCAAAACUA